AUGGAAGCAUUUCGAUCAUUUUCAACUUCAUCAACCACAAACUCGAGCACUGCUUCCAUAUCAAGAGUAGCGCUGAGUGCAACACCAUUAAAUAUCAAUUUUAAUAAACAAUCGUCACCUAAAGAACAUUUAUACUACCAAUGUGAACUAUUGAAAAUAAAAUUAAGAAAGAUUCCAGGAAUGGAACCAUAUCUCAAUGAAGCCUAUAGACAAGCAGAAGAAUUUGCAGAACAGCAAGCAUUAGCACUUUCCCAAGAAACACCCUCUUCGUAUAAUAUGGGUGCCAAUGGCAAUGGAGGAUCCGUCGAGUCAGAUUCGAGUAGAGUUUCAAUACAUUCAUCAAAUACUGCCAGUUCGGCAGCUAAAGGCAGUGGGAAUUCAUCUAAUCAUGUUUUCACAUUCACGGCUGGGGUCUUGCCUGCAAGUGUAAGUGUUGAUCCAGCCACGCAUUUAUGGAAAUUAUUCCAAAUGGGAGCACCGUUAUGUUUAUUAUUUAAUCAUUUAAUCACAAUUGAACAACCAGUUCCUGUGGUUGCAAGUGAUGAUUUAAGAAUUUGCAAGAAAUCAGUGUAUGAUUUUUUGAUUGCGGUUAAAACUAAUGUUAAUUUUAAUGACGAUUUCAUGUUUACUAUUUCAAAUGUUUUUUCUGACAAUACUGAAGAUUUAAUCAAGAUUGUUAAAGUUAUAAAUAAAUUGUUAGAUGAUUAUGGCUCAUCAGUCGAUGCGACUACCCCAGAAGAAGACGAGCGAUUGGUUAAUAUUGAAGUUGUGCCUAGUGAUGAACGUUCCAAAGUGUUUAAAGAAAUUAUUGACACUGAACGUAAAUAUGUCCAAGAUUUAGAAUUAUUGAUUCAAUAUCGUAAAGAACUUCAAGAUGCAGAACAAUUAUCAUCAGAGCAAAUCAAUACUUUAUUCCCUAAUUUAUCAGAAAUAAUUGAUUUCCAACGACGUUUCCUUAAUGGGUUGGAAUGUAAUAUAAAUGUUCCAAUCAAAUAUCAACGAAUUGGAUCUGUGUUUAUUCAUGCAUCAAUUGGUCCUUUUAAAGCAUAUGAAUUAUGGUCAACAGGACAACUUACCGCCAUUGAUUUGAUUCAACGAGAAGCAUCAAAUUUAAGAAAAUCAUCCUCAUUAUUAGAUCCGGGGUUCGAAUUACAAGCGUAUAUUUUAAAACCAAUUCAAAGAUUAUGUAAAUAUCCUUUACUUUUAAAAGAGUUAAUUAAGCAUUCUACUCCUGAAGAGCAAACUGCAUUUAAUGAAUUAUUGGUGGCCAGAAAUGCCAUUAAGGAUGUUGCGAAUCAAGUGAAUGAAGCUCAACGUCGAGCCGAAAACAAGCAAUAUUUAGAUAAGUUACGUACUCGGGUUCAAAAUUGGCGUGGGUUUGAUUUGGAUAAUCAAGGUGAAUUAUUAUAUUUCUGUAAAGUUGGAGUAAGAGAUGCUGAGAAUGAACGAGAAUAUGUUGCAUAUUUAUUUGAAAAGAUUAUAUUUUUCUUUAUUGAAGUAGUUGAUAAAGAAAAGGAAAAGAGAAGUAAAUUUACUAGAAAGAAGCUGACAGGAACCAAUUCAAUGUCAAAUAGUACGGUGAAUUUAUUAGAUACAUUAAAUUCACGCGAUACCCCAUUGGAAUUGAAAGGAAGAGUAUAUAUUUCUGAAGUGUAUAACAUUACGACAUCUCCUAACCAAGGAUAUAUGCUUAUAAUCUCCUGGAGUGGCAAGAAAGAAUCAGGAUCAUUUACACUCCGUUAUCCAACCGAAGAAUCUCGAAAUCAAUGGGAACAAUGUUUACGUAACCUCAAAACUAGUGAAAUGCAUGAAGUUAUGAACUCAAGUAGACAAAGAGAUAGUCAAGCAUCGGAGGAUUCCAUUUAUGAUUACACUGUUUCUCCAUAUGAGAAUAAUCGAGCAUCUAAUGGUUCAAACUUGAAUACUCCAGGCAGGCAUUAUUCUUCCUCAUCAACUUAUUCUAUGAUGAGAUCAAUGGGAAGAAAAUCAGUUGAAAGACAUUCAUCAAGUUCAUCAGGCACAUCAUAUUUCAAUAAUAAUAACAAUGCCGCCCAUUCAGUUGCUGCUAGUUUCGAUAUCCAUGUGAAGUUGAUCUAUAAUGGUAAUGAAAUUGAUGGCUUGAGUGUAAAUUCCCUGAUAGGAUUCAAUGAAUUAUAUUCCACGAUUUUGAAUAAAUUGAUAGCUACCGGUGAAACUGAGGAGAUAUUAGUGAAGAAGUUGAAGUAUCGUGAUGAAGAUGGGGAUUUUGUGAUUAUGGAUUCGAAUGAUGAUUGGGCUGUUGCUGUUGAGGAGAUGGAAGCUGAAACCGCUGGAAAUAGUGGAUAUUUGACUAUUUGGGUGUCAUAA